CUUCUCCGUCCGCCCCAAAACCGCCAACAUGGCCGUCGGUGUCCCCCCUAAUCCCAUCGGAUCCUAUGCCAUCAACGGCUUCCUCCCCGACAAGGAGGCGCUGUGGAAGUACCCCGCCAUCAGCGACGGUUGGUUCAGGAUCCACAACACCAUCCGAGCCGAGAUGGGCAAAUUCCGCGCCAUGUUGGUUCGUGUUUCGCAAGAGACCGUGAUGCAGGACUGGCAGAUCGACGCUUUGAAGACGUACUGGAAGGGGCACUUCGCACUUGUGCACUCCCACCACUGGCACGAGGAGAACCUUUUUAACCCGAUGCUCAAAGAGCGCGUCGAACUCCCGGCCAAGCUCGAGAAGGACCACGAGCAGAUCUUGAAGCUCAUGAACGGAGUCGACGAUGAGGUGGCCAAGAUUUCAUCGGGCGCCGGUUCUACACUCCAGCCGGUCCUCAAAGCGUUCGAUAAGUACGCGCCCGACAUGAAAAAUCACCUGACGGAGGAGGAGAACAUCUGCGUGCCCCUCAUGCGCGCCUACUUCGAGCCUAAACCGGUUGGCGAAAAAGUUGAGAAAAUCAUGAAGAAGAUGCCAAAGAUCGAGAUGGGCUCGUUCGUGCACCACCAGGGAUCCCAGGCCGAGUUCCAGAAAUUCAUGGCACAGGAGGGGGUUCCAUUUUUCGUGUGGUACCUCGAGUUCAAGAAAUGCCGCACGAUGUACCGCGAGAAGAUGGAGACACUGGUACAGCGCGUGCUCACGGGCGUGCAACCCGCCAACACCAGCAAGAAGGAGCUCGCAGAUGCCAUCAACUUUGACCCUUCCAUGUCCUGGAAGGUGGCGUGAGCUUCGCGCGGUUGCCAGGGCGACGAACUUCGCGGAAUGAUCGGAGCGGCAUCCAUCUCUCGCUGCCCUUUCGACGAUGGCGAGCGACAUCACUCACAACACAUGGUACAUGACAGUCAGCGCUUCCGAGAAAAUAAAAGUUGACCACAUGUGGGAACUCGUUUGUAUUACCACAUCGGGCUAUCCUCG